CGCUGCUCGUUCGUACAGUACAGUAGCUCACAGUACUACAUGUGCGGGGCGGAGCUUCGCAUGCAACAUAACAUUGACAGCCCAAGGUUGAUUCAGUCUGGCACGACAGGAACUCCGAGGCUACAGAUGCGUCGACGCUGGCUUAAUUCAGCUUAGAAACCUAGUCCUAUUACCAUGCAGACAGGAGGAGAAAUCCCUCCGUGUUCACCGGCGAGCAACUGAAGACCGUGGAGUGGAGCUCUUUCGUCAUGACAGCAGCACUGGAGAUGCGCGCGGGGCUCUCGUGCGCUCUGUCUUCAGAGCGAGAUAGCUAGACUUUUCUAAUCUUAUCUGUAAACCUUUUAUUAUUCCUCCACCAAGGAGCUGCUAGUGGGAUUUCCUUCGUCAGAUUAGACUUGUCUCCAGCUCGCUUCUUAUCAUGGAGAUGCCGACGGACGUCUUACUAGUGACUGCAAACGUCGGAUCACUGUUUGACAAUGUGGGUGAUAUUGAAGACGACUGGCUGCAUGAGUUCUUCAUGACGGUGCAAAAGCAUAAGCCAUGCUUCGUCGCCCUGCACUUUCAGGAAGUUGGUGGAAAGGACUAUAUGGUGAACAUGGGCCACGCAGAGAACUUUUUCCGGACCAUAGAGUCCAAACAUGAGAUGGCUGACUUCGACAGAGUCUGUGUUUAUGUAGACAGUAAUUUCAAGGAUGUUGACAGUUUCACGGCUCUGGGAAGCAUGUAUUUCAUCCACAAGUCUCUGAAAAAUAUCCAACAAUAUGACUUCAGUGAGAAGGAGUUUAUAGCUGUAUCAGGCCAUAACAAGUACAUGGUCUCGCUGGAAGAAGUGACUACCAUAGAAAAAGAGAAAUUCCCUAAGAACUUUUGGCCUGAUUUUAAGUGGUCCAGAAAAGGCUACAUGAGGACACGAUGGCUGAUUAACAACCAGGGUUUAGACCUGGUGAAUGUUCACCUGUUUCACGACGCCUCCAAUCUCAUAGCCUGCAACUCUAGUCCGUCAGUGUAUUCUGCAAACCGCAAGGAAGCGCUCAGAUACGUCAUCAAAAGGAUAUCAGAUAGCAGCUCUCUCCCCUUCUUCCUGUUUGGGGAUUUCAAUUUCCGCCUUGACACAUGUAGUCUAGUACAGAACCUCUGCAUGUCGGCCGAUAUCCAGAUGGUAAAAAGAAACAGUAGCAACGAGAUCAUCUAUGAAGAGAAGGACAAUGACCACAAGGUCCUCCUUCGUAUAGAGCCCAAGAUAUUUACUUACUUGCACCAGGCCAUGUUCAGAGAAAACAACGGAAAAGAGCUGCUGAAGUACGAUAAGGAGAUCUCUGCAUUCCAUGACGUCAUCACAGAGGAGGAGAUCCACUUUCCUCCCAGUUAUCCAUACAGUGAGGACUACACUAAACCUACACAGUACAUGAACACGCGAUGCCCGGCAUGGUGCGACCGCAUCCUAAUGUCCCACAGCGCCUCAGAUAUCAUCCACCGGAGGGAGGAGGGUGAGAGUGGGGUUGUUUAUAACACACUGGGCACCGACAUCUGCAUGGGAGACCACAAGCCGGUUUUCCUGUUUUUUCCAAUGAAGACAAUUACACAUUGACACAGUACUGGGAGAGUCGGAGGGGCUUCCUGCGUUGUUGAAGUGUACCUAGAAGUUAUUCUGUGGACAUCUCUACGGAUCAAGCCAGUACACACACACCGAGACAUGAGCAGACCCUAACAACACCCACCCACCGACCGCACGGGACCCCCGAAACCUCCAGCACAACACAGGAAACGUUCCUUUCCAAAAACCAUUUUCCCUGGUAUCACAAUAUACGUUUAACUAAGACUUCAAGUAUGUUCAGCGUGACUUCAGCGUGAAAACACUUCUCAAAGCUCUCGACUCCUGACUUUUAGGUUUACACUUUGCAUAGAGGAUGUAAACUUCUGCGGAUUACAAUGGCAAAGCUUUAAAAUUACAACUCCAUUGGUGUGCUUUUACAGAACUCAUUGUAAGGAUGUGAAUGCAAGUACAAGUAUGCUAAGUAUAUCCAAACGCAAGCUGCUGCAACGCACAAGCUUUUGUGGCUGUUUGAAUCCAUAAUCCGGAAGCUCUUUGCAUUACAGUUCAUUCAUAGGGUGUAGCAACCAUUCUGGUAAAACUUCCUGCAUGCAUGAGAUUCAUAAGCGUGCGUUUUUGCAUUUUUCACUGGCCUCAGCACUUACGGCUGUCAGCUUCAGUCAUUGUCUCUGCGGGGUUGUUAGUCAGACUCUUGGAUCAAUAGAAUAUGUACAGGACAGCAAGGGACGAGUUAUAAAGCCAUUAGCACUUGUGAAUUAUGGAAAUCCCACCCAGAGUGACCUGGCCUGGAAGCCCCCAGACUUUUAAUUAGAGCACUAGUGUAAUGCGAAUGCUAAUGUGGAGUGGAGCGCUCCAAGAUGAUUUUGUUUCUUCAAUUGUAUCGAAUCUUGGGGAACUUGUUUUGUUAUAAAGCUCUAUAGUUUCUCAAUGGUGUUGGUCCAGCGUUAAAUCCGUUUAAAGCUAGUCAUAAUGACCAGUUUUCAUAUUCUCUGUGGUAAUAUGGUGGUUUGUAAAUUGCUUUAGUCAAUGCUUUAUGACAUUACUUUAAAUUGUAAAUAGUUAUAGUGCUUCUUAACAGUCUACAUGAAUCACCUUUUAAGUCAAUGCAGAGAGUCACAGAUGCUUAGAAAGAGAGAAAAAUUCACCCAAAAUGCCACUUUUGUUAUUAUGAAAUCAUUAUUUUAUGAGCUUCUUACUUGUGCUGAACUCAAAAGAAGAUAUUCUGAAAAAAGUUGGUAAAUAAACAGUUGACGGUUUACAGUAGCCAUCGACUUACAUUGCGUUUUUUCCAUACUAUAGAAGUCAAUGGCUACCGUCAACUGUUUGGUGACCUACAUUGUUCAAAAUAUCUUCUUUUGUGCUCAACAAAAAACUCAAAAACUCAUACAGGUUCAGAACAACCUGAUGAGAAUGACAGAAUUUGCAUUUUUGGAUGCCCUUUAAGAAUGAGACGUUGACACACUUUUAUAGUAAAAAUGUCCUCAGCAACAUGUUCCUCAUUUCAAAUCCAAAUCAAACAAUUUAUAAACCUCUACAAGUGAUAAUAUCCAGAUAUGACAGGGCCAUGGUUUUGAAUUUAUUGAUUCAGUCGAUAUAAUCUGAACACCCCAUGCAUAAUUUACGCACGAGGGUUAAACCGUACGGCCCACCUGUCAAUAAUGGACUUGUUGUAGUUGAUUCAUGGUAUGGUCAACAUAAUUUACUGUUCUCGAGGGCAUCGCUUCAAACCCUGGCUCAAUAGGAGGCCAUGGAGUCGCUCGGCAUCAAUGUCAUUAACAUUUGAGAUUUUAGAGAUCAACACAAACACUACAGUCUUUUGAGAUUUAUGUGCACUGUUAUUAGCAUGCUAAGUUAAACGUGUAUGUAGCCAUUCAUGUUUGCACUCGUUUUGGGGAAUUAUUUUACUUCGCAGUGAUGUGAACAUUCAUAGAACAUUUUAAAAGAGUUUUGCUCGUAGCAGUUGUGAAAUUAGACACAUUGCUUAUUUUAUGUUAACCUUUUUUAAGUUAUUUCUACUUUCUGUCUCUGACUCUCUCCUUUUCUUUUUCAUUAAAAAAAUGAAACUUGUUUGAGGGAUUUUAACAGGAUCAGCUGAGAACAGUUGAAAAACAUAUUCUAUAUUAUUAUAUAGUGUCUAUGCAGAUGAUGGAUGGUGGUGAAAAAUUUAAGAUAAAUGGUGACUGCCGGGCUAAGGGAAACUUGUCGAUAAGAUCAGGAAAUUUGCAAUUUGAAAUUAUAGGUUGUUCAUAGGUUUAAACACAGUCAUAUAACUUACAACAAACAGUCAUCUUCAUACCGAAAAAUUUCAGAAGCUGAAAAAAAGACUCUCUUAUGUAAUUGACACGCUGUGCCAAAUGUUUGUUUAUUUCCUCAUUUCUUUCCCAUUUUGUGACUUGUGACGAACCUUGUUUUUGGUAGAUCUGUUGUAACGGAUGUGAAAUGCAGUAAGAUACAGCUGCAGUGCAUUUACUUUAGCCGUACCUCACGUGCUGCUGAAUGUUGGACCGGCCUGAAACGGUCUAAAGAAAGACCCUCUUACUGUACUGUACCCCUGCAGCACCUAUGAAUGUUUUUCUUAAAUUUCCUAAUAAAAUGUAUAUAUUCAUCAA